CAUAACACAACACCUUGUAUAUACCUACCUAGGUAUGAGCAUGUGUGUUUUGCUCUCAAGUGCUACUACCUACCUGAGGCACACAAAACCCAAACUCUCGUACCAAUUCAUUUCUUCUUACCUCUUCUUCUUCUUCUUCUUCCUCUUCCUCUGCUACUCAAUUCACCUCAGCAUUCCAAGUCUCGCAAAUCCCAGCGCGUCACGCGUGGUCCGAGGCCAGCACUAGCGCAGGGGUCCCACACCUCAACCACGCCAAACGCGCCGGAAUGUCCACGAAUAGCAAUCCCACUUGCCCCUCAAUUCCUCCGGUGGUUGAAGUCGAUGGUGAGAGAGCACAGCCCACCCCCCGGGAAUCCUGAGACCAAACGGUUCAUGCAUGCACGCACACACGUGACGCGGAUAUUCAUAUUUCCAUCUGUCUUUCUUAGGUAUGUGAUGGGAACGAAAAAGAGGCCUUGUCAUAUAUGUACGUAUGUAUACGGGAACUUCAAUU